CAAAGACACCCUCAUGCAAGCGCUAAUCAUAAUCCUUCACGAUGAUCAUAAUUUCACUGAAACUUCUUUUAACAAUGUGUUUUAGCUGCUCAGCUACAGGUCCCAAUAAUUUAACAGUCAUCCAAACACCAACAAAAAUACAUGUGUCAGUUGGAGACUACACUGAAAUGACCUGUACCUGGGAAAAAUCUGUUGUGAGGUACAGAGUAAGCUGGUAUCUUGUUAAUAAAGAGAACGUCACCAAAACUAUAUCAUCAAAACUUUUCUAUGUAUCCAACGUCACCCGUGAAAGCAAGGAUGUGCUAGUGAUACAGUCUGCCAAUGUAAAUGACACUGGAUUUUACUACUGUGAGAUAAUUAUUGAAAUACCUUUCUGUAAGAAAGUAUGUGGAAAUGGGACAACAGUGAUAGUAGAAGAGAAAGAAGCUGACUCAUUGAAAAAGAUACAUUUGACAAUAUGGGUCAUCAUUCCCUUCUUAGUGGCAGUGGGAAGCUUGUUUCUUUGCUACAAAACCAAACAGCACUCAAAACUUUCUGGUUCUGCACAACUUCCUGUGACAGCAGGAAGGCAUCAGGAGGAGCAGAUGCUCGAAGCUGCAGAACUUCAUGGGGGGAAUAAAUCCACCAAUGAAGCAGCUGAGGAAAACUCAUCAUGCAAUUCUGCUGAAUGGGCUGUGUCUACGCUUUAUGAAUCACUUGAUUCUUUUUUGCAAUGAAUCAAGAAGAAAAGAUGACAAAUCCACUGUGACUAUUGUAUCCAAUGCAGCAGAUGAGCAAAUUUCACAAACUAGGGCAACUGAAAAGUCUAGAAUGAGACAAGGAUCUGCCAUCUACUUUGACAUUCAGAACUAAAACGACGACAUCAUAAACAAAAUAUGGCUAAACAACUAUGAAACUGAAAACAAUAUGAUAAUUUGCUGCUGAAGGAUGGAUUAAGUGAAUUUCCUCUCAGAAGCAUGUCAGUGGGACAAUAUACAAGAAAAAAGGUUGGUUCCAAGCAGUCUCUGAAUGUUUUGUCACUAACAAAACACUGUAAGGAGCUUGAAUUUGGAGGGUAUUUCAUUUUAGAAGACUGUCUUCAACUCUUCCCUCCAUGUCCAGAAAUAAUAAAGGAUGUAUUAUACUUUGAAAAAGUCUCCUCGACUGAACAACAUUCUCCGACAAAAGCUUUUCUUCACAGCCCAUGUAUAAAUAGCAGAAUGUAGAGAAAAAAAUGCGCGUGGUGGUAACCAUUUGACUGACUAGACAGUACUACGCAUAGGAUGGAGUCUGACCUCUGAAACUAUCAUCACUGCUGACCACAUCAUAGCCAGAGUGGUAUGCCAGAAAGGAUUACAUUCCUGUGGAAAGGGACUGUUAGUGUUAAUUCAUUCACACACUAGGAAAAACCUUCCAGAGAAGGUAGUCUCUUAUGCACAAUGAAAUACUAGGUUUAAAUGAAGCUAUAUAUAUUAUUAUGAUGUAUAAUUAUUCUCUAACUGUUGGAGGAGGGGUGCUUGGAGGAGAUGGGAGUGUUAACACUUGUUCCACUUUUGCCAGCUCUAAAACUUUAAAAAAAAAUCACUGAAGAAAAAUCAAAACUGAAAAUGUAAGUAAAACCUGCCUUCCAAGGUCUGAAGAGAGGUGAAGAGUAUUGACAGCAAAGCUAAUGGCACUUGUCCAAGGACUGCUGAAUACUAAGAGCAGAUAUCUGAAAUGUGAAUGUAUUUAUGUACCAAGGUUACUUCAUCUUCUGUUAAAGUUUUUUCAGAGCUUAGCUGGAGGUUAGAUCACCUUGCCAGCAAAGCAGGGAGAAACGACUUCACUGCUCAAGAGGUUUGUUACAGCUUGUACCCAGGCAGUGCAGUAGAUGCAGACUAGCUUUCCCAGAUCCCUUACAAACAGUUUGCCUAGUCUAAAUGUGUGACUGCCUUGCUACCCAAUAUUCUGUAAUGAAAUCUUUGAGGCCGUACAGCAUGGCUCGUGCUCUGGCUCUGUCUGUGCUAUAGUGACUACAGUUCACAAAGCUACCUCUCAAAUUACUGUAGCUUGGCUGUGGCUCACUGUUUGGUGGGGAUCCCUUUCCUGGGCUAUUCUGUAACCCGCCCUGAAUGCCCUUCUGCAGUGACUAUACUGCUGUCCGAAAUGUGCUGUAAUCACUGUACUGUGAACGUACCCUGUAUGAGAGAAACUUUGUUAUAGUACAUCCCAUUGUAUUUAUGUACAAAUUGAA